AUGAAAGUUGCAGGAGUAGAGAGUACAAUGACAAAGGAAAAUCCGUGGAAUAUUCCUCCUAAUGCUCCAGCCUGCAUGGAGAAGCAUCUGUGUGGGGCGCAGUACAGAGCAGAUGGCACCUUGUUGCUGGGAUGUUCCAGUCUCACUGGCAGGAGUUGGCAAGGGUCGUUGUGGAUCUACAGCAACCCAGAGCAGGCCCCCAAUGAGGGCUUCUGCAAAGCUGGCGUGCAGACUGAGACCGGAGUCACGGAUGUCAAGUGGAUGUCUGAAAAGAGUGUUGUUGUGGCAUCAGAUGCAGGUGCCUUGGAGCUAUGGGAGCUGGCUGAAGAUGAGCGCCUCCUGGUCAACCGCUUCACCAAACACGAGCAUGAUCAUAUUGUCACCAGUGUGAGUCCCGUAGCUGCAGGAAACGGUGCAAUUACUGGGAGCAUGGACUGCAGAAUUAAAGUGUGGGACCUGAGUCAGGAGAUGGUUGUCACUUCAUACAGCGCACACACACAACCAGUCACUUGUGUUGCCUGCAGUCCUACAGAUGAUUCUCUUUUUAUCUCCUGUGGUCAAGAUGGCCGUGUGCUCAUGUGGGACAAAAGGAAGCCACAUAAACCAGCCACAAGAAUAGAGUUAGCGGAUUCACACUGCUUGCCCACUGCGGUCUCCUGGCACCCUCAGGACAGGAGCACUAUUGCCUUGGGUGAUGAGACCGGCAAGGUAAGCGUUAAGGAUUUCCUAGCAAAGGAGUCUGCUCGUGUGGUGAGCGUCCACAGCCGCAGAGUGAACGGCCUGGCAUUUUCUACACAUAGUGAUACUUUGCUGGCCUCCAUUAGUAACGAUUGCUCCCUUGCUGUUUUAAAUUCAGAACUGAAAGAAAUAUUUAGAGAUCAGCGCCACCAGGACUUUGUCACGGGUGUGUGCUGGCUUCACGAAGGCUCGAAUAAGCUCACCACUGUGGGCUGGGAUCACCUUGUGCUUCACCAUACAAUAAAACCAAUAGAGGGCGCCGCCAGCUCAUCUUAG